UGCGAAGAGAAUGAAGAGCUGCAAAAGCGAGAGAGCUCUAGCGUGAACAAGUGAAGAAGAAGAGAGAGAGAGAGAGAGAGAGGAAUGGGUAGUCCUUGGUACUUUGUGGCACUACUUCUCACUAUUCUCACCAGCUCUCAGGGAAUUCUAACAAGUCUCUCUCAAAGUGAUGGAGGAGGUUAUAACUACGAUUACGCUACUGUUCCCUUUCUUGCCGAAGUCUUCAAGCUGAUCAUUUCUGGUUUGUUUCUCUGGAGAGAGACGAGGACAUCUUCUCCAAAGAUUACUAAGGAUUGGAAGAGCGUGCGCUUAUUUGUUAUCCCUUCUAUUAUAUAUCUCAUCCAUAACAAUGUCCAGUUUGCUACAUUGACCUAUGUGGACACAUCUACUUAUCAGAUCAUGGGUAAUCUCAAGAUCGUCACCACUGCCAUUCUCUUUAGGUUAUUUUUGAAGAGGAAAUUGUCAAACCUUCAGUGGAUGGCUAUUGGUCUUUUAGCUGUUGGAACUACUACCAGCCAGAUUAAGGGUUGUGGAGAAGCUUCCUGUGAUUCCCUAUUCACUGCACCAAUACAAGGCUAUUUGUUGGGUAUUCUCUCAGCCGCUUUGUCCGCACUAGCCGGAAUCUACACUGAGUUUCUGAUGAAGAGAAACAAUGACAGCUUAUACUGGCAGAACUUGCAGUUGUAUACGUUUGGUUCACUUUUCAACGUUGCUCGGCUUAUAGCAGAUGAUUUCAGACUCGGGUUUGAAAAGGGUCCUUGGUGGCAACGUAUCUUUGAUGGCUAUAGCAUCACCACUUGGCUGGUUGUUCUGAAUCUCGGUUCCACCGGCUUACUCGUCUCUUGGUUAAUGAAGUACGCAGACAAUAUCGUCAAGGUAUAUUCUACUUCAAUGGCCAUGCUACUUACUAUGGUAGCAUCCAUAUACCUCUUCAGCUUCAAACCAACGGUCCAGCUUUUCUUGGGUAUAAUCAUAUGCAUCAUGUCACUUCACAUGUACUUUGCUCCUCCACAAACGCUGGUGGACUUGCCCGUCACAAACGAAGCGCAUCCGAAGACCUUAAAGCAAGUUGUCGUAGAAGAAAAGACAGAUUCUUGAUUCAAAGGGACGAAAUGGGUUUAUUAUUACAAAAAUUCUCAUCAGUAAAGAUGGUCUUAUAACUUUACGUGCUAGUAAAUGGCUUCACCUUCCUUGGUAUAUGACUACUUCUGAAACAAUGAUCUUAUAAGUUCACUUGGAAUUUAUAUAUUUGAGGUGCCAUACCUAUAUCA